AUGGGGAGCGGCAUGCGCUCCUUGUGCUACCGCGAAGGCGAAGUCCGAACGGCGCAGAUCGAAGAGCGGUUGAACGGCCUUGUCAGUCUUCUCAAGGCCUCCGGAGAGCUAUCUGGAGCUCAGAGUGACCCACAUUCGCAAGACGACAACGAAGAUCUGGGAACAGAAGGCUCUUCUGACCGCCCGUCCCCGUUCUCAAGUCCGUCCAGCGCUAUUCCUAGCAUAUCUAACCAAGGCAAUACUUGGAUAAUCGACCCAUCGUACAACUCCUUCACGCCGAAAUCAUGCAUUUGCCAUCCGGAUACCAUGGAAGCACCGCCGCCUCCGGAGUCAGACGAGGUGCUUCUUGACUUUUAUCGAAAGAGUCUGCAGCCCGUCCACCCCUUUGUCGUAAUCCCACCAAAUGUCUCGGCAGCCGUCCUGGCGGCAAGACGGCCGUUUCUAAUGGCAGCCGUUCGGAUGGUUAGCUCGUUUCGAAGUAUCAGGUCGAUGAGGGCGCAGAUGUAUCAUUUGAUGAAGCACCUUGCAGAUCAUAUGCUCAUCCGCUCGGAAAAGUCACUGGAUCUGCUAUUGGGAAUCAUAGUCAUGUUGGGAUAUCAGCAAUACCACUGUUGUCUCCACGGGCAGCUGAGCAACUUGAUAACCUUGGCCGGGAGUUUGAUUGGAGACAUGGGCUUGGGUAAACCCCCGGGCGUACACGAACGAACGCGGUUAAUGGUCGUCCGCCCACCAGAACUACAUGGCCGAAGUAAUGAAGAGAGACGAGCUUUUGCUGGGGCGUGGUACUGGGCAUCCGUGAUAUCCAUGAAUUUUCAAAGAGUUGAACCCAUGAGAUACAACGGAUACCUCCAAGACUGCAUGCGGCACCUCGAAGAGCACCCAGAAUAUGAAAGCGACAUUUCUCUUGUCUAUCUUGUCAAGAUACAAAGGUUGACGGAACGAAUAUCUGAACUCAACUCUAGGGACAGAGCCUCAGAGGAAGCCUCUUCUGUCCCUUCGGCUCCUAUCUCAGCCUACAUCUUGGCAUUUCAAAACGAGCUCAACCAAAUCCGGGGCUCUAUGCCUAAGCAUUUGAAAGAUGACAAAACUUUUCAGCUCUUGCUGGAUAGCGCUAGGCUUCGUCUAUACGAGCCUCCGGUGGUUGAUAAGAACCUGAUCCGCUCCCUGUCCAAAUCUCUUUCUUCUGUAUCCAUGGCUACAGAUUCACCGCUCGAUAAGAUAUACCAGUCAAGCGCCGCUCUCACAGCGUGGUUCAAUUCUUGGCUUUCCCUUCCCAUCUCCACAUACUACUUUCAAACCACCGCAGUGGGCUCGCACCUUGUUUACGCUCUCGUCAUGCUGGCCCGAUGGGCAAGGUUGGCGACUCCCAGAGCAAUGUACGAGGGCAAGACCACUAUGCCAGAUGACCCAAGUGCGAAUAAUCCUAAUGUUGCCCUGUAUAACUCCGAUAUGGUAAACUCACAGUGUGACCCGAACAUGACGGUAGAUAAAUGCGGAAUGCCACGAGGACGUGUGACGGCACGCCCUGAUUUGGACGAUCCUGAACUCGCAGCUGCUGUGGCUAUACUGCGGACACAGCUGCAGACACAACCAGGACUGAUGAUUAAUAUCCCCGAAAUCCUUUCUGCGAUAUCCGGCCGCUUCGAGCAUGCCAAUGCAACUUUCCAGCUAUGUUCGGCAGAUCCCGAAAGGGUGAACAAGAAUGUCUGGAUGAUGACUGCGCUAAAAGUACGAAUUACGAGAGCGAAAUUAGAAAAGUGGGCAGAGCUGGUAUCUGAAGGGUCAGAAAACAUGCAUCUCGAAAAUCGAUCAGAACCGGACCAGAGAAUGGCUGAUUGGCAAGCGGCAAUGCACAUGCCGCAAACCGAAUGCGCCGGACUGGACGAUAUGGGACUGUUCGCGGAUGAUGGCUUACAGGAGCCGCAAAUGGAUAACAAUUGGGGGAACAUGGCGCACACAUCAUGGACUACCGAUCUAUUAUCUGGUUUCGACCCAAGCGGAUGGUUUGAUGGAUACGUGGAUUGGAAUUCAGUCCCGAUGGCUGGCGCGCACCCUAUAGAGAGAUGA